AUGCCCGCGUCCGGCACGCUGCGUGUCGUGCCCCGGGGCUCCCCGCGGCAGGUCGGCUUCGGUCCUGUUACGGAAUCCCGGAGGAGCGGGUGGUCUUCAUCUGAGAAGGGGGAGCGGGUUUCGAGGCCAGGCAGCCCCAGCACGCCCCCCGACCGCACGCGCGGACGGCGGGGCCACCACCCGCGUGGCCCGGCCUCCGCUGAGCCGGCGGGGCCACAGGCGGAUGGGAGCGCCGCCUCGCACCCGCGGCCUCUGCUUGCAGCCCGCCGCGGCCAACGGCCGCCUGCAUCUCCCGCCGGGGGCUGGAGGGACGAAGCGGAGCUCAAGCCCCCAUCCAAGGUCAUGAGGCUGCAGGUCUGUGGUGCCAGCCUCACCCACGGCCUCAUCAACGAGCCCGACUCUGGAUCCGACACAGAUCAGGGUCCUGCGCUUCUAAUCCGCACGCGAAGAGCAGCCGCCUGGCUGGUGCGCACUCCCAGGAUGGAGCAGAGCUAG